AAUUGCGAAGCUGCACUAUUUGGUAUGACUGGGCGUGCAGAAUGCAAAGGCUUCCUUUGAGAUUUUCUGGGAAAGAUCCCGACGGUGAUUUAUCAAAUAUCGUUCUUGUGAAGGUAGAAGUAACUUCAUCCUCCACUGUUGAGCUCCCAGAAAGCAAGAAAUAUCUUCCGGUGGAUAUGAUCAUAAUGGUCUGUUCUUUGUUUGUUGUUUUUAUAUUUGUUAUUUUGGCAAUCUUUGGUUUUGUCAUCUAUAGAUAUCAUAGCUGGUCAUCUAGGAGAAUUCUUGUCGAAGGGUUUUGCAAGGAUACCGCCCCCAUAUCAUUUAGUUUUGCACAGAUUGAAAAAAUGACCGAGGGUUUUAAGGAAGAGAUCGGUAAAGGAUCUUCAGGUACAGUUUAUAAAGGAACAAUGACGAAUUGCCAAAAGUUGGUAGCUGUCAAGAAAUUAAAGAAGGCAUUUGCUGAAGAGGAAAGAGAAUUCUUAACUGAGAUAAAGGUUAUUGGGAGAACCCAUCACAGGAAUCUAGUUCGUCUACUUGGAUAUUCCUGCGAUGGACCCAAGAAGGUGUUGGUAUAUGAGUACAUGAGCAAUGGUACUCUUGCUGAUCUUCUCUUCAAUCUAGAAAAGCAACCUAACUGGGUUGAAAGAAUGGGCAUGGCUCACGAUAUAGCAAGAGACAUUCUCUAUCUACACAAUGAGUGUGAAACUCAGAUCAUCCAUUGCGACAUCAAACCUCAAAACAUACUUAUGGAUGAGAAUAUGCGAGCAAAAAUUGCUGAUUUUGGACUAGCAAAGUUGAUGAAACCAGAACAAACAAAAACUUACACAGCAAUCAGAGGAACGAGGGGGUAUGUUGCACUAGAAUGGCAUCGAAAUAUACCUGUGACAGUGAAAGCAGAUGUUUACAGCUUUGGAGUUGUGUUAUUGCAGCUCAUAUGUCGUCGAAGAUGCAUGGACCAAAAUCUUCCAAAGGAUCAAGUUAUUCUUGAAGAUUGGGCUUACAAAUGUUUUGAGGCCGGGGAGUUGAGUCAACUAAUAGGUGAUGAAAACGUUGAUCUAAAACAAUUAGAGUGGAUCAUUAAAAUUGCACUUUGGUGUAUAAUUGAUGAGCCAUCCCUCUGUCCUUCAAUGCAGAAAGUUUUGCUUAUGUUGGAAGGGGCUGUGGAUAUCCCAUUGCCUCCUAAUCCUAUUUCUUGUCUCAGUACCAUCUAGGUCUGGUUUGAUUUUAUAUUUCUGAUUUCAAUAAACCUAUGUG